AAGGUGAAAGAGAGUUAGAAAUCUCUAACCCUAGUCCAAUGGAGAAAAGAGAUCCAGAGAUCAUCACGGAGAAGGAACUGAUGAGGACAUGGUCAAGGUUCAUGAGAGCCCAAGGCAAGAUCAUUGGUCUGGUCCCUACAAUGGGAUACCUCCACCAAGGUCACAUCUCGCUCAUUGAAGAAGCUCGGAAAUAUACCGACCUGCUCGUUGUCUCAAUCUAUGUAAAUCCAGGUCAAUUCUCCCCGACCGAAGAUCUCUCCACAUACCCAUCCGACUUUCGAGGCGAUAUCGAUAAGCUGACGGCGUUGCCUGGUGGUGUCGAUGUUGUAUUUCACCCCCAGAACCUCUACGAUUACAGAAACAAUGGCAGUGAAUCUGGAGACAAUGAUACAAGCAGUGGUGCUACUCGCCGUAAUAAUAACAGUGGUGAUGCAAAAGAGGAGGGAAGAGAGGAAGCGGUGAUGUCGUGCAUUGAGAGGCAAUCCGGGAAUGCGCAUGAGACAUGGAUUAGAGUUGAGAGGUUGGAGAGGGGACUUUGUGGGAAGAGCAGGCCUGUUUUCUUCAGAGGGGUUGCUACUGUUGUGGCUAAAUUGUUCAACAUAGUGGAGCCAGACGUUGCCGUCUUUGGCAAGAAGGAUUAUCAGCAGUGGCGAGUCAUUCGUCGAAUGGUUCGAGACCUUGAUUUUCCUAUAAAUGUGAUAGGUUCUGAAAUAGUGCGCGAUGAUGAUGGUCUUGCAUUGAGUUCCCGUAACGUGCGUCUCUCAACUGAAGAGAGGGAAAAGGCCUUAUCCAUCAAUAUGUCAUUGUCAAGAGCUAAAAUUGCUGCACAAAAUGGGCAAGUUUCUUGCAGUGAUUUGCGGAAUUCAGUCAUUCAAGCGAUACAAGAAGCUGGUGGUAAAGUUGAUUAUGCUGAGAUUGUAAGCCAGGAAAAUCUGGAAGCAGUUGAAGAAAUCAAAAGCCCUGUAGUAUUUUCUGUCGCGGCCUGGUUCGGAAAAGUUAGGCUGAUCGACAACAUGGAAAUUGAUGUGAGAGUCCAACAUGUAAACACUCAGGUAUGGACUUAAGUGAACCUCAAAAGCAA